AACAUGACAAGUCCAGCAGCCACACACCCCCCGUGCUAAAUGUAGGAGAUCACAGCUGAUCUUGACCCUAGGCCAUAACUCCCAUCUCCUCUACCAUGUUGGCAUUAACUGGACUCCCUCUCUUCUUGCUGGCAUCACAGAUGACCUACAUUAAGAUGGCAGCUCAUGACCCCGAGGCCACCGUGCUAGGAUGCGUCUCAGAGCUCCUGAACCCGGAAGAAUGCCAUGAGCUCUACAUCCGGCUUGCCACCCCUCAGAAGGAUGCCCAGCAGCCAUCAGAAGAGGGGGACCUCUACCCUGCCGGCCAACGGGAAGGCAUAUCCGACAUGGACCAGUGCAAAGAAGGCCUAAAGCAGUGGCUGCAGUUGCAGAGAGGCGCCAUCGACUGGGACCGCCUGGCGCGAGCUCUGCGGCAGAUCGGGCGCCCCGAUGUCUCCAGGGAGCUGAAGAAGAGCCUCAAUAAGAACAGGAGCUUGGAGCCCAAGUGGGACGCAGAGGGAAAUCGGACGGUGGUGAUGGGCGCUCAGCCGUCGGCCCUCCUCGUUGAAAACAAGGCGCCCACCCGCAGGAGCCGUUACAGGCCCAUCCACAAACACCACAAGACCUUUGCGAAGGAGGGCAGCUGGGAUCUCAAGGCUUUUCUCCUCCAGUUGUUCCCGGUUGCUUUGCAGAAUCUGACCCUACAGCAGUGCGUCUUACCGGCAGCCCGGCUGCUUGUUGUGAGCUUCCUGGCGGGGCUGGUCCUCUGGCUGAUUUCCGUGUAUUAUGUCAUUUGCUGGAAUCUGGGGCAAUGCCUCUUUGCCAGCGGCCUUCGCUACGGUGCGACCCCGGCUCGGCAGAACAUGAACUUGACGGUGAUUUGGAACAACCAAGCCGUUGAAGACACUAUAGAUGACGAGGAGGACCCGGACAGUUCCUUAGAAGAGGAUGCUACAGAGGAUGAACAGUGACCCCAGCAGCUCCCGGUGAAUUCUGCAGGGAAGUUGAUCUCAUUUAAUAAAUUCACUUGCGGAUCUUU